UUUCAGUUAUUUUAGUUACUAGCUGGCAAAAUGAUCAAAUUCCUAGUUUGCUGUACUGUGUUAGCCGCUGUGGUGAUCGUUGUGAAGGGAAUGGGAGAUAAUAUGAUUGGUCCCGGCAGAUGGUACGUGCUCAGCAUCGCACAGUGCGAUAACAACGACCAGUACGAGCAGCAGUACUUCAUACAACGGAAGAAACUGACGCGGGACCAGGACUGCUACAACGCCAAUAUAAGUCUAAAGAAUCCCUUAGACGAGACCUAUGCCAUUCGCAUAGAUUUAACCAAGUGCGUGGACGGUGGCUGCAAGCCGUACCAAGUCCUAAGCGACGAAAGUUUCAUCCAUUUCUGCGAGAAAUACGCGAAGGAAAACGUGGAAGAGGCGCUGAAAAUGGCUGGCACUGACCCCCCAAAGUUCCCGUUAGAUGCAGGCACGUAUUCAAUCAACGAAUACAAGUUCAACUACUGCCAGCUGCCGACUGACGGGGUGUACGGCAAGUUCGGGGCUACGGCGUACCUGAUCAAGGACCAGCAGGAGGUCGGCUGCGUGACCUUCAACGUGGAGUUCCGCGAGAUAGACGGCGCUUGCGACGGUGACGACGUGGAUGAGGAGGAUUGAGUUUAUAGAAUUGAUAAUACAAGUGUUUUAAUGUGA